AAUCACACGUCAAAAUUUUAGUAUUCAUCGCGUUCAUCCAAAAAUGAUUCUUGGCCGUGCGUUUACCGUCGUGCAAAAUUUUGUGCGUUACGCAGGCAAAGCGUGCGUUAAAACCGAAAAGUUAAAGGUGAGACCCCCGAAAUACAGGGGACCUUUGCCGUGGGAACCACAAAGAUGUAUCGAAGUGAUGGAUGAAAACGAUUUACGAGGGGAAAUAUUGUGUCCCAGGCAAACACAAGAAGUUAUCUUGGGGGCUAAUAAGGUGUAUCCAUUGAAAGAUUUUUUAAAGAAUAAACUGCCAGGUUGUCCGAUUGAUGCUAGGAAACACUGAUGGGUACAAUUAAAAACGAAACUAUGCUGUGUAGAAGUUUCAGUAGGUCAAUGUUUAAACUUGUGGUGAUUAGAGGAUACAAAACUGAUUGUUGGGGUCGCGAUUGCUGUCCAGAAAAGAAUAAACGAGUACGUAAGGAUAAAAUUGUCAUCGAAAAAACAUGUUGUCCAUGCCCAUUUGAAAGUUACUGCCCGACAAUUCCUGUACUAGGGGAACGGAUGGACAUUGUCGCAUCUAUUGAGCCACAACCUGUGAUUGAAGAGUGCUGUUUCCCCGGCAAACAGUAUCCGAAACCGCUAGAUGGAAAAGCCAUGACAAGAUUAUUCGCGGAGUGUAUGCUCCGAAACCGAAUUAACUUUCUUGAUAAAUCGGAACCCGGCAAACCCUGCAAAAAAGGCAGUUUGGAGGACGAAAGGAAUAAGUCAAUAAAUGAGCUGCUUCCCGAUACGACGGUGCCCUAUCCUAACUGGAACCACAAUUGCGAAUUUUAACUCAAAAUUUGAAUGACAAUUAUUAAUUCCAUUUCCCACAUAAGCGACGAAAACUGAACAAGUAAAUAAACAUCUGAAGCAGCAAAACGA